AUAACAAUAAUUGAAGUGAGUACAGUAAUCUUUGAAAAUGUAUGCAUCACAAUGGUUCCUGCGGCGAUGCUCCUUUGGCCUCUUGAAAGCUGCGCCCUUCGUCACAAGCCUCAACUCCGAUCGCGACAAGAUCAAUCUGAGACUGAUCCUGGUCAGUGGCAAGACCAAGGAGUACCUGUUCAGCCCCAGCGACUCUGCGGGAGACAUCGCGCAACAUGUCUUCGACAACUGGCCUGAAGACUGGGCGGAGGAGGCGGUGGAGAAAGCAGAGAUUCUGCGGCUGAUCUACCAAGGCCGAUUCCUACACAGCAAUGUAACAUUGGGCGCACUAGGCCUGCCCUUCGGCCGUACCACAGUCAUGCACUUAGUCCCUCGGGAGAACCUGCCCGAGCCCAACUCCCAAGACCAGCGGCAGAAGAGCAAGGGCGGAGGAAGCAGUUGCUGCUCCACUUCCUGUGUCAUCUUGUAAUGCGACAACCGACGACAGCGAGCUAAGCGAACUACCUCGAGGCAAAGCGUCAGGAAGGUGCAUCAAAAUGUAUAUGUGAUUCAAUGUCUUUCCCCGUGAAUUUUUUAUUCUUGCCUCGAACACUUCUCCGCUGAGACAGGUUGUGAUAUCGGACUCGAGUGCGUUGCGUUGCGGUUGCGUCCAGAUCCCUUGGUCAUUGAAGCGAUAUAUUGUGGUGUAUUAUAUAGUGUCUUUGUUUAGUGUGCGGGACUCCGUAUCUUCAUGUAUGGGAGUAUAUUAUGAUUGUUAUAAUUAUGCCGUUUGUAUAUAAUAUUGGGCCGGGCCGGACUAGGAAUUGUUUGACACUUUCCUUAGUAACACCAGAUUGAGUAUUGUGUAGAGAUCUAGUUUCAACAGUUUCAGACCUAUGGUUACAAAAGUUUUGUUCAUAAUAAAAUUGGUGGUUUUAGUUUUUGACUUUUGUUUCAGUAUUUUAUUUCAUUACAUUUUUAUGAAUCCAAUUUGAAUUUUAUUAAUAUUAUUGUUUUUUAAUUUUAGUCCUUAAGUUUUCUUUGUUGAAUCUCAUUGUUUCUAUUGAUUAAAUCAAUGAUCUGAAUAUAAUUGCAUGAUUUAAAAAAGCUAAUAAAAAUGAGAUAAUUAUAGUUAAGCUAAAUCUACUUAGAGGGAUGGUUAAUCUGUGAUUCUGUUAAUAUUUUAUGUAUAAAAUAAAUUUCCAAUGCAAUGCUUUCUGGUAAUGAUAAAUUUUAUUGCGUUUUCCUCAGUUAUUAAAUCUUUGAAAAGAGCUUCCAUUAAUAAUUAGUCAGUGGUUUCUUCAUUCCUUCAUUGUUUACAAGUGAUUUACUUUCUGUUUAUGUCGUUAUAAUCUUAGUUUUGUAUAACAAUAUGGCUUUUUAUUAUUUAUGUAUGGGUCUUUUUUCCUUGUUCUACCAAAAAUGUAAUUACUGUAAAGUGUUUUUUUAAAGUUAAUUAUAGUGAUGGUUUGUGAACAAAUUUUAUCCCGUUUCAAAAUAUUAUCAAAUUUUUAUUUAAAAUGUAAUACAAUUUCUAUUUAAUUACUAAAAACAUCUGUCUGCAUGUAUACACCACAUUCUCUGAGCUUUCACAAAUGUAUUUAAAUGCUCUCCUGUCUUUAUUAUUGCAAAUAUUCUUACAACUGUUUGUAACAAAAACUAAUUUAUAAAGUCAUCACGAUUGAUAAAUUGUGAAGAUUGAAAAAUAAAGGUAAAUCAAGCCAUGCACUUAAUGAAUACAUUCUUUUCACAAGAACUAUUUGUUAUUAAUAUCAAUUUAAACUUGUGAAAGCUGUUGAAACUAGAGAAGGAAAAACAAUUUGUGUUUAAUAUGGUAUUAACACAGAAGCAUAUAUAUGUACAUAUUAUUUCUUAUUGUUACGAUUUAUUGCCUACAGUAAGUAUAUUUUCAAUAAUCACUCUGUACAGUCUAUAAUCUCUUGUUUAUGGAGGAGAGCUUGUGGUAACACUGAACAGACACAAUAUGCUAUCACCUAUUCCAGUAGCCUCGUUAUGUUUGAGUUAAUGGCAAGCACUUGACGACGUUACAGCUAUUCUUCUACCCUUCAAGUCAAAACAAAAGAAAAAUAACACUAAUUACCUUUUUUGUAUUAAAACUUUUAACUUAAUCUCUUUGUCUUUCAACCUUGUGACAAAACCAAGUAUCCAUUCUUCAGUAAAGGUCAUAAAUGGAAAAUAUAUGUGUGCUUUUAGUAUUCUCAUCACGGUUUUCCAAUGUUUUAUUUAUAAUAUAGAACAACUUUUCAGUAUUAAAAAAAAAGUACAGUAAAUUAUUUUUAACAAUAAUUAUCGCUAUUAUACAGUGUUUCACAAAUUUUUUCAGGCUUUUACCUCUGAGAUGAGUUUUUGUAGAACAACCCUACAACUUUAUUAAUGUUACAUAUAAAUAAAUUGAAUGGCCUUUGGCAGAAGACUACACAGGUAUCCACACUCAUUCUUGCAUUGUUUUUACUAUUGGAUAUAAAAGUCAGCAGGCUUACCUUGAAAACUUCAUUCUAGUGUCUGCUGAUUCAAAAGAAGCCCAUAAAGACACAUCAAAGUACACAUAUUUAGGAAUUUUUAAUCCUGCAUACAAUAAAAACUCCUAAAUGUGUGUAAUGUCAAGUGUUUGCGUCUUUCAAAUCGUGGAUUCUUAAGGAAUUUUUCUAGGUAAACCUGCUGAUUUUCUUAUCCAUUGUAAUAAUACUUGGCCACAAUACACUCAAAUAAGGAAGAUAAGAAUUUCUAAUGAAUCCUCUUAUUAUAAUGAUAUUUUGAGUUGACUCAGUAAAUAGAACGAUGAAGCUCUGCUUGGGUGGAGCAUGCAGUGUCUGUUUAUUUUCUUGCCCUGUAUAUUGAUAGAAAAUAUGCCCUCAGUCGCUAUGUCUGUCUGUCUGCAUGAUUUGUUCUCGUUGCGACUGAUUUCAACCAGAUUUAUUAUUGUUAAAAUAUUAAUGGAUAUAUGAGAUGUAAAUUUGUCUUUAAGAACUUAUUGUACAUUUUUGUAAUAAUUUGUUUCCUAAAUAGAGAUGUAUCCAUUCUAGCAGGCAUAUUGGUACGAGUAAGAUCUAUUUGCAUUAAAAUUGGUUUUAUUUUUAUCUAUGCUGAUUAUAUAGGGCAGUAAUUUAUUCAUUGAAUGAUGGGAUUGUAUAUUACAAUUGUUGGUGAUUCAUGAAUUAAAAAACUUAGUUAAAAACAUAAUAUACGCUAUAUUGUUGAAUUUGAAAGAAAAUUUCUCUAUUUAUCGUAAUUAAUAUUAAGUAUGUUAUUUUGAAAAAUUUAGUUCUGCUGGUUAAGAAAUAUUAAAUUUCACUUUCGAAUCAAUCCUAUUGCUCCUCCUGUAAUACAUAAAUAUAAAAUUUGUAUUAUAACCAUUUCAUUAUUUAUUUUACCACAGAAUGUACUAUAGCAUGAUUUAUUUUUUAUACUUAUUGCUGGCAUGCAGAUUACGUGUUGGUAGUACUGCUGGAAUGGAGCCAUGUGAUAGGUCGGCUUGGGUCGGUCCGCUCUGGGCCUGCUUGUAUCACACUAUAUAUGUUUGUCUUCACGUUCAGUUUAUUGUAAAUAUUAGCGAUGUAAUAUUUUUUUAAAAAAACAAAAGAAAUAACAAUAUGUUGCGUAAUGAUGAUUGUAAUUUUUCUUAGAAUUUUAUUUAGCUGAAGACGAAGUAGUGUUGACAAUUAUCUAGAAUAAAGUUGAUCAAUUGAAACGCUCAA